AUGAGUUCGUCACGCCUGUCAAACUAUGCCGCCUUUACUCGUCCCGACACUGGCAUCAGCCAGAUCGGCCAUCUAGACGUAGAACAAGGCACGAUCCAGCCACUAAGCCUCCUCUCCGGAUACCCCCUACAAGACCUCUACCAGGUCAUUGAAGCAGGGCCUUUGCAAAUCACCGCUUCUGGCUCCGCCCUGCCCCUCUCAUCAGUCAAACUCCUGGCGCCAAUUUCGGGCCGUGAUGUGUUGGCCGUAGGCAAAAACUACAUGGAACAUGCAAAGGAGUUUAACGCCUCGGGAUACGACAGCUCGGACAAGGUUGACCGGCCAAGCCACCCGGUCAUCUUCACGAAGCGCGCAACAUCCAUCAUUGCGGAUGGCGAGGACAUCUUUCUUCACCCGGAGUUUUCGAAGAGUGUGGACUAUGAAGGCGAGAUUGGAGUUAUUGUUGGCAAGGCGGGAUUCCGGAUUCCUAAAGAGAGGGCUAUGGAGUAUGUCUGGGGAUAUACUAUUAUCAACGACAUGACGGCGCGGGAGAGACAGAGAGAUCAUAAGCAAUUUUAUAUCGGCAAGUCGGCCGAUACGUUUUGUCCAAUGGGUCCUGCUGCGGUUCCUAAAGAGCAUCUCCCUUUGGUGCUGCGAGUCCAGACCCAUGUCAAUGGCGAGCUGCGACAAGAUGCAACGACGGAUGAUUUGAUUUUCGACAUUCCCACGUUGAUAAGCACCCUUUCUGAGGGCCAGACAUUACUGCCCGGCGAUGUAAUUGCUACUGGAACGCCUGCUGGUGUUGGCAUUGGACGAAACCCACCCAUUUUUCUCAAAGACGGAGACGAAAUCGCAGUCACUAUCCCUGGUAUCGGCACACUGCAUAACAAAGUCACAUCUUACAACGCAACCACUGAGCGUCUCGCUUCUCAGUCCGUCUUCAGUCUCAGUAACGCAACACGCUCCGUGGGCGCUACAGCGGGAUUGACCAACAUCAACGGCAAGCUUCUGCAUUACAAGCACCUUGGUUCCGGGGACAACAGCAUCGUCUUUGUUCACGGCCUGGGCGGCACUUGUGAAUACUUUUCACCUCUGAUUUCGGAAAUGGGCCUCCAAGACGUGGCAUCGCUGCACCUGUUUGACUUUGAAGGCCAGGGUCUUAGUCCUACGCACCCAUUGAGCGUUUUGACGGUGGAUUCUUUGGCAGCUGAUGUCGCUGGCGUAUUUUCGCACGCGGGCAUCACCGAAUCGAAUCCCGGAACACUCAUUGCACAAGCAAUGGGCUGCAUCGUUGCCUUGAAGUUCGCUCUUAAUAACCCUGGCCUGGUAAAGAAGCUUGUGCUUUUCGGUCCGCCGUCUUUCCCACUCUCCGAGGCUGCUAGGAGAACUUUGCAGGAGCGCGGGGAGCUCAUUCGCACAUCAGGAAUGGGAGCCGUGGUUGAUACGAUUGUACAGAGCAGCACGUCUGAGCAUACGAAGACGACGAAUCCUCUUGCGAUUUCAGCAAUUCGACUCAGCCUGCUUGGGCAAGAACCAGAGGCAUUUGCAAAAGCACUGCAAGCCUUUGCCAGGGAUGAAGCACCACUGCCUGUUGAGCAUCUCGAUGUGCAGGCCAUGAUUGUGACGGGAAGUGAGGACAAGGUCGCUUCGGCGGAGGAGUAUGCCAGCAAGAUCAAGGGGGCAGAAACAGCAGUGCUGCCGAAUGUUGCCCAGUGGCAUGUAUACGCAGACGUGAAGGGAGUGUCGGAUAGCUUGAAGUCGUUUCUGUGA